GCCCGUAAUCAACUUUGAACUGAAACCACACAUGAAUCAUUUCCAGAACGAAGCAGCAAACACCCUUCAGGAAAUGAACCACGCUUCGGCAUAUUGCUUUACUUCCUGCUGUCCUUCUCUCUGAAGUUUACAAGAAGAGAAAAUAAGUCAAACACUUUUUGUUUGUUUAAAGUUGGCCUUAGUCAGCAUGUCGACCCUCCUCCGCACACUGACGGGGCGGCAGUGUUGGUUCUGUGGAAGGACAGGUGUCAUUCUGACGGACACGCACCGUCGAACUCCACGUUUGAUUCAGCGGGGCGGAGUGCGACAGUUGACCGGAGACGGCGGCUCUUUUCCGGCGCACAGUCGAGCACAGAGCCGCGGGCAGCACACGGAGGAGAUUGCUGCUGUAGAGGUGGAUCUAAAAAGAUUAGAGGGACCGGACGCUGGGAUAGUGGAGGUGCUGAUGUGCCGGCAGAAGGCAAGAAAUGCUCUGGGUCAAGUGUUUGUGUCACAGAUGAGAGAACAGAUGUCUGCUCUGGCCAGUGACUUAGCAGUGCGUGUGGUCAUUUUAAAAAGCUUAGUUCCUGGGGUUUUCUGUGCUGGUGCAGACCUGAAGGAGAGGUCUUUGAUGAAUAAUGCAGAGUCUGAUCUGUUUGUUCACGGCCUGCGAUCCCUCAUGACUCAGAUAGCAAUCUUGCCCGUACCCACCAUUGCAGCAGUGGAUGGCGCGGCCCUAGGAGGUGGACUGGAACUGGCCCUGGCUUGUGACCUCCGGACUGCUGCAUUUUCAGCACAGAUGGGUCUGAUUGAGACAACGCGUGGGCUCCUCCCAGGGGCGGGGGGCACUCAGCGGCUACCACGGUUAGUCGGCAUUUCUUUGGCAAAGGAGCUCAUCUUCACAGGUAGGCGUGUCGACGGGAGGACGGCUCUGGAAAUGGGCCUCGUAAACAGAGCGGUCGAACAGAACCAGACAGGAGACGCUGCCUACAGGGAGGCACUCAGUUUGGCCAGAGAGAUUUUACCCCAGGCUCCCAUCGCUGUGCGGCUCGCCAAAGAAGCAAUGAACAGAGGCGUCGAGGUCAACAUUACUUCAGCUAUGGCGAUAGAGAGGAUGUGCUAUGCUCAGGUCAUCCCCACGCAGGACAGACAGGAGGGUAUGGCUGCAUUCAUAGAGAAGAGACCCCCACAGUACACCGGGGAAUGACUGACUGAGUUAUUGAUUUGGGCCUGGUUUCAUAAAGCGGUCUAAUCUUGUUUAGUGGACUAAACUCACUUAGUCCACUCAUCUUUUGACAUUGUUGCACAAAGCGCUUAGUCGGUUAAAGUUUCGCAUUACCUAACUAAAGUUUUUAGCGUGGUACAGAGGAGGCUAAUUUCAUUUUAGUUGACAAAACUUCAAUGUCUUAAAAAAGGUGGCUAUCGUGUACCACCACUUGAUGGAGGAGGAAGGAAGGAGAGACUUGCAGCAGGAGUGGGUUUCUGGGACCAGAAAAAUCCAUGGGAGAUGUUUACGGACACUGAGGCCGGGAGUGCUUCUCCUCUGCUGCGGCGGACUCAACCAUGUUUGUAGCAGAUGGACCAACCCGAACAAAUCUAUUGCACAUUGGAGGCGUUUCUUGGCAACAGCAUUCACGAGGCCGCUACGACUGAAAAUUUUCGACUAAUGUAAGAUGACUGGUCUAUGAAUUUAGCCGUUGAUGUGAAACGGAGAUUACAAGAAAAAUGUUGGGCAACUAACCUUAGUUGACUAGCUACGAUAAGAUCAACUAUUUAUCCUGAAGGAAAUUAUUUCACCAGAGUACAGAAACAGUAAACUUUUUUUUUUUUUU